AAAAAAUUAUUUUCGAUUGAAGAAUUUAGAAAAAAGAUUAUUUUUUUUUUUCAAGAUUGCAAAGACUUUUCAUUAUUUUUAACGUCAAUAUCUUUCAAAAUGAAAAAACCGGAUCUUCUGCCGCUUGUUAUUUACGAUUUUUUAUACCAAUGGCUUUUAACAAAGAUCGAUUUAUCUAAUAACUACUUAUUUUCGAUUCCAGAUCUUGGUAUUAAGCUAGUGCUAAAACACCUUGACUUGAGUAAUAAUAACAUUUCAGAACUUGAUAAUUAUUCCCUUUUAUAUAAUUUGAAGAUUUUAAAUAUAUCAAACAACAAAAUUAAUAAAAUUAAUAAAAUUCAAUCUAUAUUUUAUGAAACUCUAGAAACACUCGAUAUAAGUGGAAAUCAAUUACUGAAAAUAGAAGGAUUAGAAACCCUUGCUAACCUUAAAGUUUUAAAUUUAUCCAACAACAAAAUUUCAAAAUUGGAAAAUCUAGAAUUAUUGAAGAGUCUUGAAGUAUUUAAUUGUUCUAAUAAUUUAAUUCAAAGUUUGGAUAACAUAUCAGGACUUUGCAAUAUUGAAGAAUUAGACUUAUCAUCUAAUAAACUUGAAUUUCGAAAUUUUAUUGAUGAGCUUUUAACGUUGAAAAAAUUAAAAAGAAUUAAUAUUUGUGAUAAUGGAUUUCCCGAAGCUGAUCGAUUGAGCAAAUUGAUUCUUUUGAUUGGUAAAGUUGGUUUGAAUAAACGUGGUUUUAGAAUAGGGGAUGAGUAUGUAUUACAAAAUGAAAUUUUAAAAAUUCUCCAGAGUGAAAGAAUUAGGUUAUUUAAUAUUCUUCACAACAAUGUUGAAUAUAAAUCAAUAGAAUUAAAAGAAAAAACUGAAUGCGAUUGGUGUGAAUUUUGGAAAGUUAAUGCUAAUAUUAAAAAUAAGCAUGAAGAAGGAGAACUAAUUUUAAAAAACAAAAUAUUUAAUUUGAUUAAAUUACAGGUUUUUUUUGUUGAUUCUUGGGUAUCAUUAUUGGCUGUAGGAAAAGAUUUUCUUAAGCAAGAUCUGGACAUUGUAAGUCCUUAUUCGCAGGAUGAUUUUUAUAAUCAAUUUUUUCUACCAUUUAGGAUUUUAGCCAAAGAAUAUGAAACUCAUUUGGUAAUACCCUUAAUUGAAUUAUUGGUAGUUCAAGCAGAAAACAUUGGUGAUAACUGGGUCGAAGUAUUUCAAAAGUCUGUCGGUAAAGUCAAAGAGGCUUUGCUAAAUUUUUAUAAAAUUUUCUGCAAACCGGCCCAAUUUCUUGAAUUGAUGAAUAAAAUAAAUCAACAUAAUAAAUCAAAUCAGCUUCAAAAAUAUAAUGAUUGGAAAGAAAAAUUAGAAGGAAAAAAAAUAAUGAGUAAAUCAAUGUUUUCAUAUAUUACUACUCAGCAUUUUAAUUUAAUUAGUGAAAGUAUUAUUAAGAUUAAAAUAAUAGGAGAUGAAUUAAGAAGACAAAAAACCAACUCUCUAUUAAAAGAAAAAUGCCAACACGUUAUUCUGGAAAUGAAGGAUGUUGGGUUUGAAAUAAAUAAAGCUUAUUUAUUGAAUGAAGUAAAACAAUUCCAGUCGCUAUUAAAUUAUAAGUUUAUCAAAAAAUCCCUGAAAACAAGUCAAUUGAAAAUAUUUUUUGCAAAAAAAUCCCAAUCAUCUAAACACUCCAAAAUACUAUUUUUGCUAUUAAUUAAUAGUUGCUUGAGUGUGGUAUCACUUCUGCUUGAAAAAUACAGUUUUGAAUUUGAGUUUCAGCCUGUUGAUAUCAAAAACUUGACUUUUAAAGUUGACCAAAAAGUAGAUAGUGAUCAAAGUAAAAUCAAAAUUGUGAACUUGAAAACCCAAGAAAAGUAUCAAUUGUUUGUUUACGGCUACGAUUAUUUUAUAAAGAUCGUUACAGAAAGACUUAAGGAGCAUCAGCAAGAGUAGAUUUAAAAGAUAGCAAAUGCUGAACGACCAAGCUGCGAACCUAUGGAUAGCAUGUUUGAUCAUUCCAUUAUCGAAAUCUCAAUUUAUGCAGCUGUUUGUGCACCAUCUUCCACUGAGGUUUCAGGAAACAGAGCCAAAAAACUGUUCUAGAUCAUCAAAGACGUUCAUUGUAUGGGGCCUACCCAUGAGGGUGGGAACAACAGCGUCUCUGCAGAUCCAGACGGAGACACAGCCCCGUGCUUUCCGGGAAUUGUUUACCAUGGC